ACACUAGCACUUUUUCCGUCGACUAAUGCGAUUUCCGUCGAUUUUUCACCAUUCCGCAUGAACUUAUCGCAUGAAUUUGUCAGACGAUAGGGAUCGUUUCCGUCGGCAAAUUUUCCGCUUUUGUUUACAUACCAAGACCGAGACCACAAGACUUGCCGCGUCUCCUCAACCUGCUGCUACGUGCAUUGGUUCUACCACUCCACUUUAGUAGUUUAGAAUGGAGGGAAAACAGCAUCCAAGGUGGACACGUCUUUCAGAGGAGUUCCUUGUGGAGAACAUAAGGAGCCAUAAGUGCCUGUGGGACCACACGGACAACUCGUACCUGAAGAAAACCCUGAAAAGAGCGGCAUACAAUACUAUCACGUGUGCCCUCCGAGACAGCUUCCCAGAACUUACCAACAUUACAGCAGAACAAGUGAGAUCGAAGUAUAACAACCUUCGGGCUUACUUCAUGAAGGUGUACCGCAAGGUACAAGCAACCCCAAGUGGUUCAGCUGGCCACUAUACAUCAAAGUGGGAGUUAUUUGAUGUUCUGUCCUUUCUGAAGGACACAUUAAAUAACUAUACCACAAAGGCCAGUGAUUCCUUCACAGCUGAGGCAAGUGCGGCAGUGGACACCUUCUCCAUCGUCAUUCAUGAAGAUGGGAUACAGGAGGCGUCCAUUGCAUCCCCUAGCAGCUCCUCAACUCCUUCACCUUUAUAUUCUUACACCUCAUCGCCAUCUCCCUGUACUACUUCAUUACCUUCACCGUUGUGUGAAGGUAAUACAGCUGAAGUAGAGGCACCUUCACCAGUGGCAGGCAGUGCAUUGCUGUCAACAGGAAUGACACCUGUUCACUCUUCUGGCACUACCUCAUCAAGCAAACGCAAGAGGAGACAUGACAUAAGCCACAUUGAGGAAGAGUGCAGAGAAGCCCUACAAAACCUAAAUGAGGCAAAUAAAGAAAAAGAUGAUUUCAGUUUCAGUUUUGGCAGGAUGGUGACACACUGGAUGCGUGACCUGCCCUCUGCUGAAAGGAUGUCAGCAGCCUUUCAGCUAUUGGGAGUGAUGAAAAAUUAUAAUUCAAGGCAAAAUAUAUAAAGUUGUCUCAAGUCAAGCAUAUUUUAUUUCAUCACAGAAGCACAAUUUUUCAAAACAGUAAAAAUUAAAAUAUGAUGCCUCUCUCAGGAAAUACAGUUAAUAUUUAUGUCUGUUAUUUUAAUGCAAAAAAAAGUUUGUUGUUACUAAUAAUGAUAUUUAAAAGGUAGCAGAGAAAGUAUGAAGGCAUGUAAACUUAUACAAGGGUAACACUCCCUUAUUCAUGAUCAAUACCAGAAAA